CUCCUAUUGGUUGAGCGAAAGGUCAGCUGCUGUAGCAGGAAGCACGUGCAGCUCCGCGCAUUUCAAGAUCAAGAUGGCAGCCUCCGUGUGUCGGUGCUACGAGCUGGUUGGCAGACGAGCCUUGGCCCUCAGCUCCCGGCCUACUUUCUCUUCAGUGUGGAGAGGAGAUGCCUAUUCGUUACAUAGAAGCUCAGCUGCAACUGUGCAGGUGCGAUAUGCGUCAGGACGUAAAGGUUUCUUUGGAGAGUUUGUGGAUAACCUGCGACAGGAUCUCAGUAAAAAUCAGGAGAUGAAAGAGAACAUAAAGAAGUUCAGAGAAGAGGCCAAGAGGCUUGAUGAGUCUGAUGCUCUCCAACAAGCCCGCAGGAAAUAUAAAUCUAUAGAGUCUGAGUCCGUGAAGACUUCAGAGGUGUUUAAGAAGACCUUAGGCUCCCUGUCAGAGACCGUCAAGGAGGGUUUUGAGGAGGUGAGUCGUACUGACAUCGGGAAGAAGAUCAAGGAAAGUGUGGAAGAGGCCGCCAAGACAGCCAUGCACUCUGCUGAGUCCGUCUCCAAAGGAGGAGAAAAACUGGGCAGAACCGGUGCAUUCAGGGCCAUCUCACAGGGUGUGGAGACCAUGAAGAAGGAGAUAGAUGUUGGGGAUGCCGGCCCUUAUAGAGCUCCCUCGCAGCUGAGGAAGAGAAGCGAUUUUUCCUCCAAAGGAGCCGAAAAUGACUCCAGAGUGUUCGAGGCCAAUGAAGAGGAUAUGGGUGUUGUUCUCCACAAGGAUUCAAAGUGGUACCAGCAGUGGAAGGACUUCAAGGACAAUAACUUAGUUUUUAAUAGAUACUUUGAGAUGAAGAUGAAAUAUGAUGAAAGUGACAAUGCCCUUGUCAGAGCAUCCAGAGCUGUGACUGACAGAGUCACUGGCUUCCUUGGUGGUCUUUUCUCCAAAACAGAAAUGUCUGAGGUGCUGACAGAGAUUGUGAAGGCAGACCCCACCUUUGACAAAGACUCUUUCCUCAAACAGUGUGAGAAAGACAUCAUCCCAAACAUACUGGAGGCCAUGAUCCGUGGAGAGCUGGACGUAUUGAAAGACUGGUGCUAUGAAGCUACGUACAGUCAGCUAGCUCAUCCCAUCCAGCAGGCCAGAGCACUGGGGCUGCUCUUCCAGUCCAAAAUCCUGGACAUUGAUAACAUAGAUCUAGCGAUGGGUAAGAUGAUGGACCAGGGCCCAGUCCUGAUUAUCACCUUCCAGGCGCAGGUCGUCAUGGUGAUCCGCGGACCCAAAGGAGACAUUGUGGAAGGAGAUCCGGAGAAGGUGAUGAGGAUGAUGCAUGUUUGGGCGUUAUGUCGAGACCAGGAGGAGCUGAACCCCAACGCAGCCUGGAGACUCCUGGACAUCUCCGCCUCCAGCACAGAGCAGGCCCUCUAGGAGGAGAGCAGGUGAAAAGGCAGACACGAGGCACCCAAACUGUGAUGAACGGAAGAGACGCAAGGAUGUGCCUGCAACACCUGCACGUACUGUCUCGCACACAUACAUUAACAUCUGAACACAGAGUGUACCCAUGCUCCUGUGUCAUGCCAGAUACUGUGUUUGUACACUCUCACAUUUCAGAUUGCCCAGAGUGCACAUGUCAAUUCAUCCCCUCUAUGGUGCAAAGACAUCCUACCGGUAUAUGAUCUAGCCAUAGAAAACUGUGCGGCCACCAAUAUAUGUGUGUUGUCUCUUGCACUGGUUUGCUCGGUCUUUGAGUUUCCAGGUGGAGAGUGAAUACAGAACACUUGGAUUCAUUUUCGGAUGAAUGCAACCAACCGUUUCAACAACUGGCUAAAAGUGGUACAGUCCAUUCACACCAGGUUGGUGGCUCGAUCCAAGAAGAUCGGUGGAAGAAAAUGGACAUCAAACCUGAAAGACGAAGCCUAAAACUAGAUUUAAUGUCACCACUGUCUUUGUCGAAUAAUGUAAACAGGAAAUUAGAAUUUGGGCACAGGUGUGGAGCCUUGUUGCAACAACCAAAAAAGCUAAGUGUCACAGCACGAGAGACAAUGUUAAUCAAGGCAAUUGUGCUUCAAGUAAAAGAGGCACUCCACACAUUUACACAUGCAAAUUGGUUUAAUUGUCACAUGGAGUCUACUCCUGUGGCUUUGAAGGGAGCUUUCUAAAAUCUGAUCAAAUAGCCCAGAUGUUGUCAAUUACCACAGAUUGGACUUCACAUUUUUAACAGAAACUCUGUUUUACAAAUUUGGGAUGUGGCGUUUGAAAGAAAGAAGCAUUUACCAGACAGGAAGGUUCUAACGAAAGAUGCCAUUGAGUUGCGUUAUGGGAAAUGUAGGAUUCAUUGUUUUUCAAGCUUGGAUCAUUUCAUGGGAUAAAAGUCAAGAUAUCCAAACCUUAUGAAACUGCAAUACUACAUGGCUGCAGUACAACUCCAAGGCUUAAGGUGCAAAUUGUACUUUCUGCAUAGCUGCAAGUGUGUGCCUGCAUAUGUCCAUGAGGAUCUGCCAACAAACGUGUGAAUACUUUGCCUAUGCAGUCACCCAAUGUAAUAUAAACAAACUGCACGUUCACUGUUGAGAGAGAGAGAUGUUUUACCAAGUUUCCGUGCAUCAGGCUCUCAGUCACUGUAGAUCCACUCUCAAUAACAACAGAAUUGUAUCUAAAUAUAAGCUCUCAACUCCUUGUAAAUAUAUUAAAUGUUGAGUAUCACUUCUUUAUAAGAUUGGGAGGGACCACAUUAAAAUACGUUGUUAUGGCCAGCUUUAUGGUUUGAUCAUUUGCCAUCUCAUGUUAUGUAUAUCCUUCAACUGUUUGUUUUACUAAAAUGUUUGUUUUACUGUUGCUGAAGAUGAAUACUUGAAUGAAUAAGCACAUUACUGUACCGUUGUGUUGACUGACUUUGAUAUCGCAUGUCACUGAAUUAUGAUUGUACUGUAACGCGCUUUACUUGACUAUUCAAUUAAUCUACAGAAAAGUCCAUAAUUGUGAAGAGAAGUUGAGCUCCUGAUGAAUAUAUUUAGUGCCUAGAUUAUAACCCAAGAAUUUGACAGUUGUCAUUCAUGGCCAAUGCAUGUGAUGUGCGAUGGUCACACAAGGCUCAACAUGUAGUUGUGUCACUCCUGGGAAUGAGACUUUCAAUUGAGACGACUCAUUAAGGGUACACGAUUUAACUAAGAUGAAACUUCCACAGUUAAUUACUUACAAUUAUUAAUGUUUUGUCAUACAAGUGUUUCAAUAUGCAAAUGAGCUAUCCUCUCAAAUAUGUGCUAAUUUAAGUUCAUGAUAGUUGUUUUCAAUUUGUUGACAUGUUAGAGGCUUUUACAUUUACACUUUGGGAUAUCUCUUUGUAUCACUCUUUAAAAUCAUAAAUUACGGCAACAGACAUUAGAGAAAAAGUCAAAUUGCCAUGUUUUUAGAGAUAACAUUUUAUAUAAACCAGUCGAUGAAAGAAAGUUGAGUAUAUUUAGGAUUUAAACUAGAAGGUUUGUGGAAGAAUGAGAAAAAAAAACUAAUUUUGAGAAAACAGCCUUUAAAAGAUACGUCUUAGGCUAAAAAUAUUUGAACUAAUAUAUCACUACAAAACUACCUCAGUUAAUUACAAUAAGACCUUUUUUUAAAAAAAGUUUUCUGAAAUGUUAUGGUUCAAAUGCAAUACAGCAAUAGAUCUCAACAAGUAUUGGUUAGAUUGCCUUGACCUGGCAUCUUCGGAUCUUCAGCAAAUCUUUAAAUUCAGUGAACCACACUCACUCAACACACUUAAUGAGCUUACCUCUAGUGACACUAUCAACCAAAGUGUCAUCUGCACACAAAAUACUGUUUCUCAUCAUUAGAAAAUAAGAUUGCCAAAUUGUCUAAGGGGAAACAUUUUAUUGAGUCAAUGUUCCUCGAACACUACCCUGAGGAGAAAUUAUAUGUUGGCUGUGAAAACAGACCCAGCUUGCUAAAAAUCUAUAAUUUAUCAACAAGGUUCACUUUAACUACGUUGCCACAUUUCCCCAUGAGUAGGAGCCAUUAAAUCCAUCCUUCAACUUUAAGUUUUAAGUUGGCAAAUGAAAAGAUAUUCAUGAGUUUUUCAAUUUUUAUCUAGAAAUAUGUCUGUCUGCAGAAUAAAGGGUGCUAUAUUAUGAUUCCCUUCAUCGAAGCUUUCAUAGUGUCAGCAGCUUUGUAUGUUCUGUGUGUGUUUGUGCUCACGAGCGAACAUUAAACUCUGAAAGUUC